UGCUUCCAUGUUGUGGGCUGCCAUGUUGAAGAAGAUGUAACAUUUUGGGCACAGAAUGUCAGUAGAUGUAAUGACCUCUUGAAAAUAUGUUGUGCGCUGACUGAAGCUUGUUCUUGUACUAAUGCAGUUUUUGGCAAACCUGAUUUUAGUAAGUGUCAGGUGUUGUACGUUGACUGUGGAAAAUCUUAAAUUCUGAAUAGACCAAACACAGUUAAAAUUCCACCAAACUUGCAAGUUUGCAGUGUUGAUAAGAAGUACAGACUCUGGGCACUGCACAGACCAGCUGAUCAGAACUUAAACAUUUUGAGUAAAGUAGAUUUCAAAAAGACUUGGAUAACCCACUUGCCAACUUCUAUUGAGAGUCGAUGGGACUUUGGACUUCUGUCAGUUAUGAUACUGAAUUCUUCAAGGCUGAACAUUGAGGGAGAGCUGUUGGUAUUGAAGUCCAAGGGGAAGAAGUUUUUGAGCAGCCUAGCUUUUGAAAAAGAAAUAAAAAUACAUCACAAAGCCAAGCAUAAAGAUGGUGCCAUUGUUGCCCAGGCAGAAUACAAAAAGAUAGAUAUUGGAGAAGAGGUGGUCAAGGCAGGAUCAGAUCAGAAGCUGUCUGAAGAGAAACAAGUUCUCAGAAGGAAGAAUAUAAAUCUCUUGCAGAAGCAGAACAAAUUAGAACUGAAGGUUCAAGAGCCGAAAUGUGAACUUCAGGAAUACGGCAAGAAGGAAUCAUCUAAGAAAACUGAAAGCUUUGAACAACGCACUUACAUUGGAAUGAAAACAAGAAGUUUGGCUGUUGGGGUGAAGGCACUGAAAAAAGUUAGGCACAUAAAAAAGAAUAGUCAUUUUGGGAAGCAGCUCUCACAAGCCAUAAAAGUGGUUACAGAUGUUUCUCUCACUAUUCUGUGUUCCUUGGAAAAGCUGCAGAGGAUUUGGACAGAAUAUGGCUUGGCUUAAAAGAAGAUUCAAUUAUGCAGAAAUGUGGAUGAAAGAGAUGAAUUGAUUAUCAAGCAAGAUGAGGUGCAGCAGAACUUGUACUCAGCAGUGAAAGAAUUAAUUUUGGAAGUGGAUCAAGUACCCUGUCUGGGCCCUCAAGAGUGUUACAGUUGGAGACUGACAGCAGCAGAUGAAGUUUUAGGUAACACUUCCAAGGAACAAAAACCAAACUUGGUGAUCUCUGAGAUCCUUUUCUGCGUUGCUUUUUCUGAAUUCACCUUGUUUUUGCUGGAUUUACUUGAAACACAGGAGCAGACAACUUCUCUGGAGAUGAUUUAUGGUCAAGAAUCUGAAGCAUAUGACCAGGAGGUAUUUCAACAGUUCUUUGAGAGGAAGUGUGUUAAAACAAAGAAACUAAAUUGUAUCAGAAAUAAUAUGGACACAACUACUCAAAUUCUUGCUGACCGUUUAGAACUCCUAGCCUUCCUGGAAAGACUGUCAGCUCCUCUCUGUUGUAACCUGAUGUUAGAAGCAUUUUCUGAUUUAGAGGAAGUGGUUGGCAGUGCAGAUUAAAUUCUCAAAAAGGUUGAGUUGACUGUUUCUGAAGAACUGGAUAUAGAAUUAAAUGUGACUUCUAAUCAUGCCAGCUCUGUCACGACUUCUCCUUUUUCUCAGUUAUUUAUAUUUUCUGAUAAGCAUUUCCUCCAAUCUCUUUUGCUGAUGCUGAGUUCAGUCCAGGAGCAUGAUGAAGCAGAGAAGGGAAUAAUUAUAAGUACUUACAAUAAAGUUAUGUGUAAAGUUCAUCAUGAGCAAGGUGUGAUCACUGUUAUACGAAACAGAUACUUGGCCAGUGCUGAGGUUUCAAAAAAGCAGAGAGAGGAAUGACUGAAUAGAAGACCCAAUAUUAACAACUUAUUAUCAGUUAAGAAAAUUGUGAAAAACUUAAAGGCCCAAAGAGGAUGGGAGCUGAUUGAAAAGAACAACUUCGAGGAAGGAAAAAGCCCACCUGUGUUAUUACAGCUUUGCAUUCAAAACCAGGAGUUUGGCAUAUAAGAAGAUGGAACACCUGAGGUAGAUGUGGUUGCCAUGGAUGAUAAAGUUAAAUCUCUUCUCUUGAAUUUGUUCUACUCUAACAGACUGAUGCCUGAGCAGGUGCUGAGGAAUGAUUGCUUCCUUGAAGUAGAUGCAAUUCCAGUUUCACUGCAACCAGGUAAAGAGUGUGAGCCACAUAAAAAACAUGAUUCUGAGAAAAGACAUGAGGAAAAAAAAAGUGAUCAACUGAGGAGAACGGAGCAAACUCUACUUAAUAGAUGA